AUGUUUUCAAAAUUCUCAAGAGCAAUAAUUCAUUUAAUUGAAAUACUUACAGUUUCUGUUCUAAUCAAGAUCAAUAGAUUUUAUCUGCUUUCUUUAGAUGUAUUCAAUGAGUAUUGCAAUGAAUAUCUACUCGAUUUAUAUGAUAAAUUAAAACAUUUUGGUACAACUACAUGGAUUAGUCUUUCUUGGUUUUUAACUCUAUGUGUUUGUGUUAUGCCAUUUGAAACAGCAUUAUAUGUAAUUGAUAUAUAUUUUUUCUAUGAUGGUACAAAAGUAUUAUUUCAAUUAGCAUUAACAAUAUUACAUGAAAAUCGUCGUCGUUUAUUAGGAUGUUAUGAUGGUGGGGAUGCAGUUAUGAUAUUAACAACAUACUUAAAUCAAUUUUAUGAUCAUAAAAAUAAAAAUAAUGAAGAAAAAAAAAUUAUUUAA